AACUUCUUUUCUUUCUAUUCAGCUAUUGAGGUGAAUCUUCCAUUGUGGUCGUUUCCUAUUGUCGUUGCCUUAUUAUCUUUCGUUGAUCGAAUUGUCAAUCCAGUCGGCUUCAGAACGACAUUAACACUUUCUCCCAUUCUUCAUUCAACCCCUCACUCCCUCCACCAUAUAAAUUCCUCUCAGGAACACUUAAACAUCUAUCAACUCGAUCAACUUAGCAGAAGUCUGCGGUUUUACCAACACUCGACGUGUACAAAACGUGAUAUACCAUCACACUCUUCUUCUAAUCCAACUUCAAUCGAAGCCCGGCAAAAUGGGUCUCAACAGCAAGUCACUGGCUGGUCCAGGUUACAUCAUUCUCAAUGUCCUCCGUGGCAUGAACAUCAUCGCGCUUCUGUCCGUCGUCACGGCAUCCGUGGUGAUGCUAAUCAAGACAUUCGUUGUCUCCAAGUUCUUCUUCUUCGACGCAGUCACCCAUGUCCUACGCGCUUCGGUUUGCUUGUUCCUCAUCGUCUCCGAGAUUGGACUCUUCCGACCGUACUUUGCACGCAACUGGCCGCUCCUCAGCCCGAAACAUGGAUUUGUCUUCCUGGCUUGCCUCAUGAUGGCAAUCGGCGUCAACAUCCUCGGGAAUCUGAAUAAGGAGGCAACGAGCCAGGAAUCAAUUGGUCUUGCUUUCUGGAGGAUCGUCAUUGGGUCAGGUAUUGUCGUCUUGGUCAUUGGGGUCUUCAAUUUGGUGGCGAGCUACCUCUUCCGUGACAGGGGCCUCAAGGUCUCCGCCAGACGAAUCCGCUCUCACGGCGCAGUCGCACUGAGCAACGCCGAAGCGGAACGCGCACACCUCGAGACCGCCAUGAUGUCCCCCCACCCCUCCUCCAAGAACCUCAACAUCGCCACCAGCUUCACGGGCUGCGAUUCCUCCAUCAAAUCAUACAAGUCCCCCACCCAGAAAUCCCCCAGCCCCAAACGCGCCACCUUUAAGAACUUCUCCGCCGCGAAGACCUUCCGUGCCGCCCGCGCCAGCAUUCUCCCUAGCUACCACAGCCGCGUCGAACGGGCCGCGAUUGAUGCCGCCGAGGCCAAGUCACCAUCCUACCACCCCAGGGAACCAAUCUCGCCAGCCAGCUCGCGGUACAGCCGGACGACCAGUGGAAGGGAUGCGCACGGUCGCGAGCGGGAACGGGACAUGGAGAUCUCCAUGCCGCUGAAUGUGAACCCGCAGUUUGCGCAUCUGCUAAAGCCAGAUUUAGCGCAUCAUCCGAGCCAGCGGAGAGGCGAGACGACGUCGCCUGGCGGAUGGGUCUGAGGGUUACUGGAACGACAAUGGGUUUUCUGAGCGUAAAUAGGAGUUUGAGGGACACGGCGUUUCAAGGAGAGUCAAGGAACGGAUAACGAAGCGGGAUUCGGAGUUUCUGC